GUCACUGAAACUCACAGAGAAAUCGGAGAAGAAUGCAGCAGAGAGGGAGAGCAGAAAACCGUAGAUCAAGGAGCUUUUCCAGAUCUCGCAUUGCCAUUGAGGGUUCUUAAGCCUUCCAUUCCGUUUCGUUGCGUUUCGGUUGCUUAAUACUACUACUACUACUACUCUCGUUUCAAUUCUCUGACAAUUCUUUAGCUCCGGCACUCUCCGGUCUGCAAUGGCUUCCGCUAACGGAAACGGAAAUGGUGCUGCUAAUGGAAAUGGACAAGAGCGUGAGAUACAGAAGAGUUACUGGGAGGAGAACUCGACCGAUUUGACGGUCGAGUCAAUGAUGCUGGAUUCCAAAGCCUCCGAUCUUGACAAAGAAGAGCGACCUGAGGUGCUUUCCAUGCUCCCACCGUAUGAGGGUAAAUCGGUUUUGGAACUGGGAGCUGGGAUUGGUCGUUUCACCGGCGAAUUAGCACAAAAGGCUGCUCAGCUUAUUGCAAUGGACUUCAUUGACAAUGUGAUAAAGAAGAAUGAAAGCAUCAAUGGACACCAUAAGAACGUCAAGUUCAUGUGUGCUGAUGUGACAUCCCCCGACCUGAAGAUAUCUGAAGAAUCAGUGGAUUUGAUAUUCUCAAACUGGCUUCUUAUGUAUCUAUCUGAUAAGGAGGUGGAGAAUUUGGCAGAAAGGAUGAUGAAAUGGUUGAAGGUUGGUGGAUAUAUUUUCUUCCGAGAAUCUUGUUUCCACCAAUCCGGAGACUCUAAGCGGAAAUACAACCCAACCCAUUACCGAGAGCCCCGAUUCUACACCAAGGUGUUUAAAGAAUGCCAUAUGUGUGAUGAAUCUGGGAAUAACUUUGAACUCUCUCUUGUUAGCUGCAAAUGUAUUGGAGCUUACGUUCGGAACAAAAAGAAUCAAAAUCAGAUUUGCUGGAUAUGGCAGAAGGUUGCUUCACAGAAUGAUAGAAAGUUCCAGCAGUUCUUAGAUAAUGUCCAGUAUAAGAGUAAUGGCAUAUUAAGAUAUGAGCGUGUCUUUGGACGGGGAUUUGUGAGCACAGGAGGCAUUGAGACAACUAAGGAAUUUGUGGCAAAGUUGGAACUUGAGCCUGGCCAGAAAGUUUUAGAUGUUGGCUGUGGAAUUGGGGGAGGUGACUUUUACAUGGCCAGUACCUUUGAUGUUGAGGUUGUUGGCAUUGACCUCUCUGUAAACAUGAUUUCCUUUGCCCUUGAACAAGCCAUUGGACUGAAAUGCGCUGUUGAGUUUGAAGUUGCGGAUUGCACCACAAAAACAUAUCCAGACAACACCUUUGAUGUGAUAUACAGCCGCGAUACCAUUUUACACAUUCAAGACAAGCCUGCAUUAUUCCGAUCCUUUUACAAGUGGUUGAAGCCAGGAGGUAAAGUUCUCAUCACUGACUACUGUAGGAGUGCUGGAAAUCCUUCUGCAGAUUUUGCCGAGUACAUAAAGCAAAGAGGAUAUGACCUCCAUGAUGUAAAAGCAUAUGGUCAGAUGCUUACGGAUGCUGGUUUUGAUGAUGUCAUUGCUCAGGAUCGUACUGAUCAGUUCAUAAAAGUUCUGCAGCGGGAAUUGAAUGCCGUUGAGAAGGACAAGGAUGCAUUCAUUGAGGACUUUUCUGAAGAGGACUACAAUGACAUAGUUGGUGGAUGGAAGGCAAAGCUGGUCAGGACCAACUCAGGAGAGCAGAAGUGGGGCCUCUUCAUUGCCAAGAAGAAAUGAUUAUGACACCUCAAGUUUUGCUUAUGCAAAUCCAAUAUUGUACUCGAGUUAGAUAUGUAUUUCUGAUAAACAUUGUAUUCAGUUGUUGGUGUGUUGUGGUUUAGACGGUCUUAUCUUAUUCUAUGUUGCCGUCCUUUUAGUGUUUGAACUUUUGCCAUCUUAUAAUAAUGGAAUUCGGGUUGUCUUUGCUCA